CACCACAUCAUCUCGCCCUUCACCUUUUCCGUCUCUACCUCUUACGCCAUCAAUCCGUCUACUACUCUCCCAUUACAUUACUUCAAUAUGCAGUCCAUCCGUCGCACGGCCACUCGCGCCGCCUUCACCAGCUCGGUCACCGCCGCCGCUGCGCCCAAGUUCCAGACCGUCUCCUUUGCUCUGCGUGCCCUGAACGCCGCUGCCGCCUCCAGAUCCUUCUCCGCCGCGGCGCCGAGAGCAUUCUCUCGCUCCAUUGCGUUCCGUGAAGAUGGCGAUGCUGAAGGAGCUACCCGCCGUACCGAGCAGAGGGGCCGGAGACAGGAGCCCAGCGACAACGUCCUCUUUGUGCAAAACUACUCUUUCGAUGUUAAGCCCGAGGAGCUGAGCGAAGCUUUCUCCAAGUAUGGCGAGGUUGUUGGCGUUUCGAUGCCUCCUAAGAAGAGCUACUGCUUUGUCUACUUCAAGACCCCCGAGUCCGUGAAGGAGGCUGCCGAGAACGUCGACGGAACCUUCUGGCACGGUCGCCGCAUCGUCGCCAAGUCUCGCGACGCAAACGCAAGCAGACCCGCCAGGGAAAGGGGCGGAAGAAACAACGACAACAGAACUACAAGAAAGAGCGUCUACGACGGCCCUCCCACAGCGACCGUCUACGUCGGCAACAUCUCCUUCGAGGCCUCGGACAAGGACAUGAACGACCUCUUUGCCAACCUCGAGGGCGUCAAGGACGUCCGCGUCGCCGUGGACCGCGCGACGGGCUGGCCGCGCGGUUUCGCCCACGCCGACUUCCACUCCGUCGAGGCGGCGACGGCGGCCAUGGAGGUCCUCAGCCAGACUGAGAUUCACGGCCGCAAGCUGGCUACCGGGUACGCCCCCGGUUCCACCCCUCGUCGCCGCAGCGACAGGGACUCGUCGAAGGAGGUUGAGGAGCGUGUCGAGAGCGAGCACGCCCAGGCCGAGGAGGCGCAGAAGGAGACGAAGCCCGAGGCUGGUGAGCAGCAGAACAACUGGAAUGCCUAAAUUACCUUUUUGAGGGUAUUAGGUGUGUCAGCUGGCAAGAUGAACAAAAGAUAUCGACGAGGAUCCUUCUGGUGAGUACAAGAAGGCGUCGAUACCUUUUUAUUCUGGUGGCUAAAGGCUUUUCGACGGCCUUUUGUACGAGAUCUUCUGAUGUGUCGUAAUUUUCUGCUUUUUUGUAUGUCUUUUCCUAGCGGGAAAAAGCGUCAGGGAUGGAUGAAGAGGAAGCCUCCUAUGCCUGUUUCGAGGGGAAAAAAGAUCUUGGGUGGAAAGGAGGAGGGAAAAGUGUUUGGAGAAGAGAUGAGACACAUCUCCUUACGCAACGAUCAAUUACUUGAAAGCCGAACAAGGGCAUUUGUAUCAUACGAACUCUAGAAAAAGAAGGCCUGCGGUUAGCAUGGGCUUAUCUUUGGGCAUACAUGGCAUAUUUUCAUGUAUAAAAAAUGUAAUAUCUCUACUUCAAUGA